AUGAAGUCAAUAUUACAGGUUGACAAACCCUUUGGGGGUAAGGUGGUUGUUCUUGGAGGGGAUUUUAGGCAGAUUUCACCAGUUGUGAUCAAAACAUCAAGGCAGGACAUAGUACAUGCUACGAUAAACUCUUCUCCGUUGUGGAAGUUCUGUCGUGUCAUGAAGUUGACUAAGAACAUGAGAUUGCAGUCAUGCUCUUCUACAUCUAAUGUGGAUGAGAUAAAAGAAUUUGGAGACUGGAUACUGAAUGUCGGUAAUGGGGAUGUUGGGGAAGACAAUGAUGGUGAAGCUUCGAUAGAGAUUCCAGAUGACAUGUUGAUUGGUGAUUUAGAAGAUCCAUUUAGAGACCUACUCGAAUUCGUUUACCCCGAUUUGUUGAGUAACAUGUAUGAUCGAGAUUAUUUUCAAGGGAGGGCAAUUCUUGCACCAACUAAUGAAUGCGUGGAGUCUGUGAACGAUCACUUAAUGUCUCUCCUUUCAGGAGAGGAGAAGGUGUACCUGAGCUCAAAUAGUAUGUGUAGGGACGAGCAAACAACGGAGGAUAACGCAGAAAUUUAUUCGACUGAAUUCCUCAACACAAUAAGAUCCUCCGGAGUUCCUUCUCAUACGUUGAAGAUCAAGGUUGGUGCACCCGUUAUGCUAAUAAGAAACAUCGAUCAAGCUAGAGGAUUGUGCAACGCUACCGGAUUUCAAAUUAUUAGAACUGGCAUUCACGUUCUGAGUUGCAAAAUUCUUUCCGGAAAAAAUAUCGGUGACAUGGUGUUCAUUCCUCGGAUGACUUUAAUACCAUCUAACUCCGGACUGCCAAUUAAAUUUCAGAGAAGACAAUUUCCGUUGAUUGUUUCUUUUGCAAUGACGAUAAAUAAAAGCCAAGGCCAAACUCUUUCGCAUGUUGUUUUUUAUCUUCCUAGGCCUGGCUUCAGCCAUGGUCAACUAUAUGUUGCACUGUCCAGAGUUAAGAGUAGAGGUGACAUUAAGAUAUUCAUCAAGUCGGAUUCGGGUGAACUCACUAAUGUUACUAGAAAUGUCGUGUACAAGGAAGUAUUUCAUCGAAUUUGA